AUGGCCCUGACACGGUCAGCGAAAAGCCCUACAGCACAACAAUUCAGCAAGCUCCCGGCAGUUGACGUGGUUGAGUUUAACUGGGUGGAUAUCACGGCCGACUGGCUCUGUCAGCAUCACAUCGUGAGAGCUUUCAUUGCGCCUCAUAACCAACCAAACCAGUUCGCUGAGGAAUCUACGUUUCACUUGGCCGCUCUGAAAGCAGGUCUGGACUAUAUCGUUCGAAUAUCGACGACCGCUGCAAAUGUUCGCCCGAACUGCGACGCAUACUAUCCACGAUCACAUUGGGCUAUUGAGGCUCUAUUAAGCUCACCAGAAUUCAAGGGCCUAAAAUGGACUUCGCUGCAGCCUAAUGUAUUCGCCACUUUCUGGCUUUGGAAUGCGGCAGAGUUGAUCAAGAAUUACCAAAAGACUGGCCAACAAAGUACGCUACGCGUUAUGGCAUCUCGUGACGCACCGGUCGGAGUCAUCCACCCAGAUGACGUCGGAGACUUCGCCGCACAUCUCCUGGUCACGGAAGAUGUAAGUCCUCAUAAUGGCUUGAAAUACAAUCUCAACGGCCCUGAAGAUAUCACUGGAAAUCAAAUUGUCGAAAUGAUCGAGAAGUACAUUGGAGUGCCGGUCAAGGAUGUAAGCUUUAAGGAUAUAACCUUCGUUGAUGACAUGGCUAGCAACUCCGGAGAGAGUAAGAGCGUUAUUUCAACGAUCAAGUAUGCUCUGGUAACCGCAUGGGAGGGCAAAUGUACCGCGUCCACGACCAGUCCAGGGGUUACAAAGAUAGCGGCACCAAAGCGUACCCCAAAAGAUGUGAUGAAGGCCCUCCUUGAGGCUUAG